AUGUCUGUUCAUGUCUGUCUAUCUAUCUAUCUAUAUCAGUCCAUUCAUAUCUUUCUGUCUAUCUAUCUAUCUAUCUAUAUCAGUCCAUUCAUAUCUAUCUAUCUAUCUAUCUAUAUCAGUCCAUUCAUAUCUAUCUAUCUAUCUAUCUAUCAGUCCAUUCAUAUCUAUCUAUCUAUCUAUCUAUAUCAGUCCAUUCAUAUCUAUCUAUCUAUCUAUCUAUCUAUCUAUGAAGUCCAUUCAUAUCUUCUAUCUAUCUAUCUAUAUCAUCCAUUCAUAUCUAUUAUCUAUCUCAGAUUCUAUCUAUCAUCUAUCUAUAUCAGUCCAUUCAUAUCUAUCUAUCUAUCUAUAUCAGUUUAUUCUAUCUAUCUAUCUAUCUAUUCAUCCAUUCAUUCAUUCAUCUAUCUAUCUAUUCAUCCAUUCAUUCAUCUAUCUCUCAUUCCAUCUCAUCUAUCUAUCUAUCUAUCUCAUUCAUUCAUAUCUAUCUAUUCAUCCAUUCAUAUCUAUCUAUCUAUAUAUAUCAUUCCAUUCAUAUCUCAUCUCAUUCCAUUCAUUCAUUUAUCUAUCUAUCCAUUCAUCUAUCUAUAUCAUCCAUUCAUAUCUAUCUAUAUCAGUCCAUUCAUAUCUAUCUAUCUAUCUAUAUCAGUCCAUUCAUAUCUAUCUAUCUAUCUAUAUCAGUCCAUUCAUAUCUAUCUAUCUAUCUAUCUCAGUCCAUUCAUAUCUAUCUAUCUCAGUCCAUUCAUAUCUAUCUAUCUAUAUAUAUCAGUCCAUUCAUAUCUAUCUAUCUAUAUAUAUCAGUCCAUUCAUAUCUAUCUAUCUAUCUAUCUAUCUCUUCAUUCAUAUCUUUCUAUCUAUAUCAAUCUAUUCAUAUCUAUGUAUUCAUCUCAGUUCAUUCUUUAUCUAUCACCCCUUUCAUACCUAUGUAUCAAUCAAUCAACCUCAGACCAUUCAUAUCUACCUAUCUUUCUAUCUCUAUCCAUUCAUAUCUAUCUAUCUAUCUAUAUCAGUUCCUAUGUAUCUGAAUCUGUUUUUGAGUGA